AAAUAAGAAACAAUAGCCCUCAACAAAAUGGAGCAACUGGCACAUUUCGUAACCAAAUCCUUCGAGUACAACAACAGUCGCGUGUUGGAAAUUCUAAACAUGACCGCCGUCGGAAGUACGGCCGGAAGUCGACUGGGGGACGACUUUCGCCGACGGAACUCCACCAACACCGAUCCGGACCCGGAGCUCAUGUCGAACAACAGCAGCAGUGGCGGAGGCGGAGAUUUGGAGGAGGAAAUUCACAGCCACACGUUGGCACACAAUCCGGUCCCGGUGGUGGUGACGUCGCACGGUAGAGGGUCGGAGGUGGACGAGGACGAGGAAUCGAUCGAUAUCGAAAUCACCGACCUGUCGUACAGUAGUGGGGGUCAAAAUGGUGUUGUUCAGAGUGAGAAAGUUAAAGCCACUUCCGGGUUGGAGGGGGUGGAACAGCGUAGUGUUAGUGACGUUAGUAGUAAUAACAAUAACAAUAACGACAAUACGGUAAUUGGUAAUGGCCGAUAUGAGACGAGUGUAAUCCGGAAGUACGACAAUAAGCGAAUCUCGCUGGAUAGUGAUGCUGGGGAUGGUGUUGAGGAGGUGACGAGAUUAGUGCCCAGUGCGCCGGUCAACAAAAAGCAUGUCCCCAAAAAUUGGCUGAUUGCGGAUUUGGUGGAGGAAAAGCGAGACGAACCCGCCAAGCCGAAACAAGACGUUGCCUUAAACCUGGUCCGGUCCGAAACCGACCCAAUCAGCUACCAGCAGCAUCAGCAUCUUCAUCCCCAGCCCCUUCCCACCAACGGACGACCACCUCCGCCGGUCCUCGAUCCUUCAACGGGUUUGCGACCAAAACCCGCCUCCGAACUGCUCAAGCAAAGUGUGGAUCUAAUCAACAACGGCCUCGGUUACCACCAUCACCAGCACCAUCAGUUGCCUCCAACGGUGCCACCCAACUCGGAACUCCACCAUGGAGGGGCCAUCAUCAGCAACCAGAGCAACAACAGCCGGAGUAGAAGCACCAGCAGCAGCAUGGCCGACAAUGACUCCGACACAGACAAACGGGAAUCGAUUUCACCGGAUGACCACCAUCACCACCAGCACCAGGACGACUUGAGCGAACCCGGAGCGGGAACGCACUGUGGCAGCGAGGACGGCAAGCUCAAAUCUUCCCCGGUUCCACCGGACGGAAUCCUCGGCGGCGGACACAACGGACUCGCGUCCAGCUUGGCCAACAACAAGCAGCGCCGUUCGCGGACCAACUUUACCCUGGAGCAGCUCAACGAGCUGGAGCGACUGUUCGAGGAGACGCACUACCCGGACGCCUUCAUGCGGGAAGAACUGAGCCAGCGGCUGGGGUUGAGCGAGGCGAGGGUGCAAGUAUGGUUCCAAAAUCGCCGAGCCAAGUGUCGAAAGCACGAGAAUCAACUACACAAAGGUAUCAUCAUGUCGAGCCACAGUCCACCGGUCACGACCCCCCUGGAACCGUGCCGCGUCGCACCGUACGUGAACGUGCCCUCGCUUCGCAGUGCCAACUCCGGGCUAUCGACACCGAACAACGCAGGCAGCACGGUUCAUCCCGGAUUUCCGUCGGCAGCUGCCGCUGCUUUUACGGCCUUCGACACGGCGUUUAUCUCCGCGGCGGCACAUCAGUACGCGGCUGCGCUCUCCUCGGGAACGGUUCCGCCGGGGCUCUUCUCGCUGUCCCAGUAUCGACCGACGAGCGGACUGGCGGCGGCGGCAGCGGCUGCUGCUGCCCAAGCUGCCGCGGCCUCCGUUUCCGGUCCGCCCGGAUUCACCGCCGGUAUGGCGCACGACAAAAACUCCAGCAUCGUCGACCUUCGGCUGAAGGCGGAGAAGCACAAGGAAAACCAGAAGAAGAUUGUAAAUAACGUGUCCUCGUAAGGUGGGGCGGUGAUGGAGCCCCUCCUCCUCCCCCCACCAGCAGGACGCCGCUGUCUCUGGGUGUGUGUGGGGAUGUGAUUUAUGUUUGUCUAUUGUUCGCCCAGGUUUAUUUAAUUUGCGAAUUAAUUUUAAUUACACUUCCCGCGCGCGCGUUGAAGUCGGUAUCAAGCGGCGUAAAAAUUGCGGAACCCACACAUGAACUCGUGUCGAGAGAUUCGGUAAAAAAGCAGAUAAUGAAAAUAAUGAAACAAAUAAAUAUACAAUAAUUAAUUACGUACUACAUGUAGAGAGGUAGACAGGAGGGUGGUGGAAGAUAGGCCCGUUUUACUAGAUUCUGGAGAAGCUAUCAUCAAUCAAAAUUGUAGAUUGUAAAAAACGAUAUAAAUAGGAAAUAAAGCAUGUUUAAAACUUAUAAUGUCUGUUUUU